AUGUGUUAUUUGGAGCUUGGGAGUGAAGCAGAGGCUGCCAAGGUUAUUAAAGAACUUGACGGCUUAGAGGAACAGGGCAGUAAGAUGGUAGCUAAGCCCCUAAAAGCUGACUUCAUAUGGGGAGAUGCGGGGAAGCGGAACGUUGAACCCUUUGGCUCUCGCUACUUUUAUGACGAAGGCAUCGCUGCAUCUGAUGCUAUACGGCCGUUACUUGAAAACCGCCGUACGAUGCUUUCAGUCCAAACACCCGGUUGGUCCGCCGGCGAUCGCGUUUCCGUUGCAAAACAGAACGCAUCGCAGAUCAUCGAGCGGUACUUCGGCAAAUACGGUAUCGAGAGGAUUGGUGACAUCUCCCCGUUCUAUGGCGAUAAGAAACAAAAUCCGCGCUUGCUCUGCUUCAUGGAUUUCAAGACCAAGGAAGGCGCGGAAAACGCUAUCAACGACUACCACAAUACGGAAAUCGAGGGCCGCUUGACGUGGCUGAAGUUUUCUGAACCUGCCAACUGGAGGAGCCAUCAAAUCGGGAAGGUAUCGCCAGAGGCACUUAAGAAAUUACAGGAAAGCAGUCUGGUGCCUAAGGAUGAUGAGAUCCACGAGGAUAAGUUUGCCAACCCGCUACCGAAGAACUAG